AUGCGGAUGUACAGUCGGCGGAAACCUGUUACGAGUCCAGAACAGUUGACCCCGCCAAUGCCGGAGCUGUCACAACGACCAUGGCCAAUCGUGGGCUGUUCAUUGGCUGCUUGUUUUUUGAUUGGGCUGGUUUACCUUCUCCAAUCUACAUUUAUUUCUCUCGUACCAUUGAUUCUGCCUGGUCGCCAUCAUCACAACAUUCAGAAAACUGAAGCUAUCAUUGCUCGGCCGCGGACAGAGCUUCACCCCGAUGAUCAUGCGUACCGGGUGCCGACGAUUCAAUACUUAGAUUGGCGUGUGACCUCGGAUUUUCGCAGACCGGAUGGUGUAUUGAAGCAGGUAUAUCUCAUCAACGGCCUCUUCCCUGGACCAACGGUGGAGGCCCGCUCUGGUGACACCUUAAUUAUCAACGUUACCAACGCCUUGUCGGAUGAGGCAAUUGGUCUCCAUUGGCACGGUCUUCAUGUGGCUAAUGCCAUGGACGGGGCAGUCGGAAUCUCACAGUGUCCUGUGGCUUCUGGGGCGCAUUUUACUUAUAAUUUGACAAUUGCAGCCGAUCAGAGUGGUACUUUCUGGUACCAUGCCCAUUUAGGAGUCUCGCGGGCGGAUGGCCUUUAUGGUGGGCUAGUCGUUCAUGCACCGGCUUCCACAUCGACCACUCGGGGCUUCACAUCCCGGAGGUGGGAUAAGCCCCGCCGUUACACCUAUGACAGAGAACUUCUGCUUCUCAUCGGGGACUGGUACCAUCGCCCUGCGGGUGAUGUUCUGGAAUGGUUUAUGGACCCAGGGAACUUCGGAAACGAGCCUGUUCCUGAUUCUGUGCUCAUUAAUGGAGCAGGGUAUUUUGACUGCCUCAGGGCUGUGCCUGCUAGGCCAGUGGACUGCAUUGAUCAGCCAGUGAAUAAUUCAUUUGUCGACCUCGAUCCGCACACUACAUAUCGAAUUCGUGUGGUCAACACUGGAGCUCUGGCCGGGCUCGGUCUUGUCUUCGACAAUCACCAACUGGACCUGCUUCAGGUCGACAGUGUUGAUGUUAGCCCCCAGAAAGAGACAAAUAUAAAUUCCGUCGGUAUACUCUUCCCUGGGCAACGCAUGGACUUUGUUCUUCGACCAUUAUCACAACCUGUUAAAAGGCAGUCACAUAUGACCGUUCAGUUGGAUCAAGAUUCCUUCAAGUAUGCCAACCCGGUGUUGACGCCAGAUCAAACUUUCCCCAUGAAUUAUCAUUCUACUGGCGCCCAGGUAUCUCCAUUCAAGGUCCACCAUAUCAAUAUCGAAGAAGUACCUUCUGCGCCCUCUAUUCUUCGCUCUAUCCCUACAAGAGCGCAACAAAUACAUGUGGUCUAUACCAAAAUCCAAAAGUUGGCCCGAUUUUCCAACAAGCCACUCGGUUACUUCAACCAGACUACCUGGAAGCCCCAGCAAGAUCCACCCGCUCCGUUGACCUCUAUACCACGAGUUCAAUGGGACGCAAAUCAGUUCGCAAUAACCACGGGACCAGAGCCUACAUGGGUGGACCUAGUCAUCAACAAUCUAGACGAAGGCUCCCACCCUUUCCACAUGCACGGGCACCACUUCUACAUACUCGCAGUUCAUCAAGCCGAAUUUGGCUGGGGCUCCUACAAUCCUUUCGUUGACAAAACCCCACCACACUUGGAAGCUGACUCAGAUGCGUUGAAAUAUGACACAGAUGACACCCAGCAUUCCAACACUGGUUAUAAUUCCAGUCUGUAUGACAUAUCCCGGGCUGCUUUGCGUGACACAGUUCGGAUUCCAAGUCGCGGCUAUGCUGUUCUGCGUUUCCGGGCGGACAACCCCGGCGUUUGGCUUCUUCAUUGCCAUAUGCUUUGGCAUUCGGCGACGGGUAUGGCCAUGCUGAUUGAUGUGCAGGGCGAUCCGACAGGAGUGACUGCGCACGCUGACAGCGAAUUAUGUUCUACAUUUUGA